CAGUACUCCAACCCUUCUCCUUCGAACAAACACCGUGUUCAGCGACAAUUAUACCCUCAGUCAACUGCAUCUGCCCCCAUCAUGGAGGAGCAUCUUGAUCCCCAUCGUAUCUCACAGCUCUCCCGACGCAAGUUGCGCUGCGUCUCUUGCGACGAACGUCGAGACAACCAUAACCUCCGUCGUCUCGUGCUCACACAGAACUUACUCCUCAGUACUAAGAACAAGUCCAACACUUCCUUAGCCUCAACCUCCUCUUCUUCCUCUUCAUCUUCUUCACAGUCAUUUGUAGACACCGAGUCUCAACUCGGUGGUUUGCAACACACAGAAGGGUCCAUCUCACCGCGGGACCGAAAUCACCACGAGGAUUAUGGAUUUGGCUUCGUGUUUCCGGACAAUUCUUCAUGGGCUAGUACGAGUACUUCGAAUGAACCGGAUAACUUCCCCGACGUAGUCCUUGACGAGUCGGAAUGGUUGGACGCUGUCCUUUCAGACCUUGUUGACGACAGUGUUGAGGAUGAUGACGACGACGACAAUGAUCUUCCUGCAACACCUUAUUAUCCACCUCGUUAUCAGCCUGCAUCACAUAUCUAUUUCCCGUCUCUUCGUGAUGCGCCGACACCCAGUACCACCACCGAAACCAAGUCGUAUGAUCACUAUGACCCACAUGCUUGCACCCCCGAGUCCGACUCUGGACCCCAACUUGGACCUCUGUUCCCACCGAUAACUUGCACAUGCGGAUACGAUGGGUUACCCUAUUUCGAUACUGAGGACUCUUCGGAUUCCGAUGACAGUAGGUCGGAGCCCUCUACCCCGCUAUCCGCAUCUCUCCGCCGAACAACAGAUAAUCGUGGUGACAGUGACGAGAAGGAUGAUCAACGGCACCUGCUGGAAAAGAACUUGUCGCUGUUCGAGUUUGAUGAUGAGCGGUGCUCCUAUAUUCGACAACCACCGAGCGAUUUCUUUUCCUGCCAUUAUUCCAGGACGUAUGGAUUCUGACACCAACUUCUUUUCUUUUUCGGGGGGUCGGCUGAAACUACGAUUGGGCAGUAGCAAAAAUAAAAAAUAAAAAAUGGAAGGCGGCAUUCUAUCUCUUCUCUUUUCCGUGUUCCCAACCGUUUUGUCCGUAUUCCCGUCCCGUCGUCCUUCCAUUUUUAUCCUUUACCCCUGCGCGCGCGGCUUUUGUAUCUCCUCCAAAAGGGUUUUCCCGUUCUCCGCCCUUCUGCCUUUCUGAAUCCUUUGUUAAGCCUAGAUUCUUCCCCGCGUCUCGGUUCCUCUCCCCCCCCUUCACAUCGUUAAUCGCUCUCGUCAUUACCAUGGACCAAUCUAACCAGCGUUACGAAUGAGAACCCAACCUGUGCUAGACUAGCGCCUUCGUCAUCUUACUCAUCUAUCACACGCUCUUAUCCAUUCUCGUCUAUCUCAUCCGACUUGUUGGGGGGACCGCUGAUCUAGCCCCACCCAAUUU